UCCGGUUUGUACUGUCAUUCCACUGAGCUGCUGUGUCGCAACAAGCAUCGAGGAUGAUUGCAGAUGCUCAGUAGCCUACUGUAGGGGCUACGCUGAGUUGUUUGUGUGAAGCAACGGGUAUGGGAACGAGCUCUCACAUCGGCCGUUACAAUGCGGAGCCGGAGUAACUCAGGCGUCAGAUUGGAUGGAUUUGCAAGGCUCGUGCAGGAGACGAUUUUGUGUCAUCAGAAUCCAGUGACAGGCCUUCUGCCAGCCAGCGCCCAGCUGAAGGAUGCCUGGGUCAGAGACAAUGUGUACAGUAUCUUGGCGGUGUGGGGGCUCGGCAUGGCCUACCGGAAAAAUGCUGACCGCGACGAAGACAAGGCCAAGGCCUAUGAACUUGAACAGAGUGUGGUGAAGCUGAUGCAAGGUCUGCUACAAUGUAUGAUGAGACAGGUGGACAAGGUGGAGAAUUUCAAGCGCCACCCCAGCACCAAGGAGUGUCUGCACGCCAAGUACGACACGGGCACCUGUGGCACGGUGGUCGCAGACGACAAGUGGGGGCACCUCCAGGUGGACGCCACCUCCCUCUACCUGCUCUACCUGGCACAGAUGACGGCAUCAGGCCUUCACAUAAUUGCAAAUCUGGAUGAAGUGGCCUUCAUCCAAAACCUGGUGUUCUACAUUGAGGCGGCCUACAAAGUUGCUGACUAUGGCAUGUGGGAGAGAGGGGAUAAGACCAACAAAGGCAUUGCGGAGCUGAAUGGAAGUUCUGUGGGGAUGGCCAAGGCUGCCCUGGAGGCCAUUGACGAGCUGGACUUGUUUGGAGCUCGCGGUGGGCCCCAGUCAGUCAUCCAUGUCCUCCCCGACGAGGUGGAACACUGCCAGUCUAUCCUGAGCUCCAUGCUGCCCAGGGCCUCCACGUCUAAGGAGAUCGAUGCCGGUCUACUGUCGGUCAUCUCCUUCCCUGCCUUCGCUGUGGAGGAUGCCGACCUGGUGAACGUCACCAAGGCUGAGAUCAUCUCCAAGCUGCAGGGACGGUAUGGUUGCUGCCGAUUCAUCAGAGAUGGAUACAGGACGCCAAAGGAGGACCCCACUCGCCUCCAUUACGAUCCAGCUGAGUUGAAGCUGUUUGAGAACAUUGAGUGUGAAUGGCCAGUGUUUUGGACCUACCUCAUAUUGGAUGGUAUCUUCAACGAGGACCACGAGCAGGUCCAGGAGUACCGAGAGGCUUUGGAUGAAGUUCUGAUCCGGGGCAAGAAUGGGAUCCGACUGAUGCCAGAGCUCUAUGCUGUCCCUGCAGACAAGGUGGAGGAGGAGUACAGGAACCCCCACUCAGUGGACAGAGCUCCCGCAGGCCAGCUGCCUCACCUGUGGGGCCAGUCUCUCUACAUCCUGGGGGCUCUAAUGGCAGAGGGCUUUCUAGCACCUGGGGAGAUAGAUCCUCUCAACAGGAGAUUCUCCACCCAUUUCAAACCUGAUGUUGUUGUACAAGUGAGUGUGGUGGCAGAGAACAGUCGUAUCCAGGAGCUGCUGAGGGACCAUGGCAUUGACGUGGAGACCCAGGCUGAGGCCCAGCCCAUACGCCUCAUGCCGGCUCGCAUCCUCAGCCACAUCUACGCCAAGCUGGGAAUGAGUAAGAAGCUUAAUACAAGUGGCCGACCCCACAGGCACAUUGGAGUUCUGGGAACCUCAAAGUUUUACGAGAUCAGAAAUCGCACCUAUACUUUCACGCCUCAGUUCAUAGACCAGCAUCACUUCUACCUGGCUCUGGAUAACCAGAUGAUUGUGGAGAUGUUGCGUAAUGAGCUGGCCUACCUCUCCGGCAGCUGGAGGAUGACAGGACGACCCACGCUCACCUUACCCAUCACCAACAACAUGCUCGUGGAGGAUGGUGAAAGCGUUGAUCCAUGCAUUCUGUCGACCCUACGAAAGCUUCAAGAUGGAUACUUUGGAGGGGCAAGGGUCCAAAUGGGAAGCCUGUCCAGCUUCCUGACCACCUCCUUCCACACCAGACUGAGCUUCAUGGACGCAUACUCCGAUGACAACAUGCUGGAGGAUGAGGAUGACGUAGAUGAUGAGGACGAGGAUGACGAUGAAGAGGAAGAGAGUUAUGCCACUGCAGUUUCAGCCGGUACGUCCAGGAGAAGGGACAUGUUUGACCAGUACCUCAAACAGCUCCUUCAGAGCACCGAAGCCAAGAGCCAUCUCCCUCCCAUCCAGAGGGAGCAGCACCAUGUCUUCAGUGCUGAGCACACGACCAGAGACAUCCUGUCCUUCAUGGCUCAAGUUCAGGGCCUCAAAAUACCCAGUGCUUCGAUGUGCUUGCCAAUUACCUCUGCCAUGAAUAAACACCGCAAGACGCUGAAUCUACUGGUGGUUCCUCAGCCCCAUCACCACAGCACUUCCCUACCAGCCAAGCCCCACAGCUCUGAUGUGCAUCUGCCCCGUGAUGCCCAUGGGAACACGGACUUCGCCUCGCUGGUCAGGCAGCUUAAGGAGUGCUCCACCCUCCAGGACCAAGGCGACAUCCUCUACAUCCUCUACGUCAUGAAGGGACCAGACUGGGUAGUGAACUACUCCGGGCAGUGUGGCGGUGCCACAGUCCGCUCCUUGCUGGAGGAGCUGUACAUCAAGGCUGGAGCCUGCAAGGAGUGGGGCCUCAUCCGAUACAUAUCCGGCAUCCUGCACAAGAGAGUGGAAGUGCUGGCUGAGGCAUGCACUGACCUCAUCUCCCACCAGAAGCAGCUAACGGUUGGUCUUCCUCCAGAACCCAGAGAGAAGGUCAUCUCCGUUCCUUUACCACCUGAGGAACUGAAUGCGCUAAUUUACGAGGCCAGUGGACAGGACAUCAGCGUUGCAGUCCUUACACAGGAGAUCAUGGUGUACCUGGCGCUGUAUAUCCGCUCGCAGCCCAUGCUGUUUGGGGACAUGCUGCGGCUGCGCAUCGGCCUCAUCAUGCAGGUCAUGGCCACCGAGCUGGCGCGCAGCCUCCACUGCUCCGGCGAGGAGGCAUCUGAGAGCCUGAUGAACCUCAGCCCUUCAGACAUGAAGAACCUGCUCCACCACAUCCUGAGCGGAAAGGAGUUUGGUGUGGAGAGGAGUGUGCGUCCACUGGAGUCCACAGCGACCAGCCCAGCCAUCUCCAUUCAUGAGCUGGGCCACACUGGGGCCACCAAAACGGAGCGCACAGGCAUCAGGAAACUCAAGAGUGAGAUCAAACAGCUGGAUGACUCAAGACCCGGAAGCAUCUAUAGCAGCUCAUAUUCAAUCAGCAGUAAUGUCACGUCCCCGCGCUCCACGAGGUGUAGCAGCCCCUCCACCCCCAGUGGUAUCCUGUCCCCCACCGGCUCCCUGGACCCUCAGCUGGCCUGGGAGGAGAGGCAGGGCCAGUGGCUGCGGCGCAGGCGGUUGGAUGGGGCCAUCAACCGAGUGCCCAUGGGCUUCUACCAGAAAGUCUGGAAGAUUCUGCAGAAGUGCCACGGCCUGUCCAUCGCUGGCUAUGUUCUCCCAUCCUCCACCACACGAGAGAUGACAGAGGGCGAGAUCAAGUUUGCGGUGCAUGUGGAGUCAGUGCUGAACCGCGUGCCGCAGCCAGAGUACCGUCAGCUGCUGGUGGAGAGCAUCAUGGUGCUCACCCUGGUGGCGGACAUGGAGCUCAGCAGCAUCGGCGGCAUCAUACACAUCGACCGCAUCGUACACUCUGCCAACGAGCUCUUCCUUCAGGAUCAGAUUGCUCAAGGGGCCAAUGAGUUCUUCUUGGAGAAGGACACGGCCACGGGGAUCUGCAACUUCUUCUACGACAGCGCCCCCAGUGGCAGCUACGGCACCAUGACGUACCUGUCCAAGGCCGUGGUGACCUACGUGCAGGACUUCCUGCCCAACACCACCUGUCUGAUGCAGUAACGGAGAGCAAUGUUAUAAUAGACCAGUGGAGCCAAUCCCGGGUUCAGAAAGUAAAAACCCUGCCGAGCACAGAUUUGAUCCAACCAGCUCAUCACGAGCGCUCAAGAUGGGAGACCUCGUGAAGUCACCUGUGCAGACGGGAAACUGUGGCACAGUUUUUUUCCCACUUUCUGAACCCGGAUUGACACCUCUGGUCAGAGAAUAAUUGUGAGCUUCAGUCACACCCCUUCCCUUAGGUACUGAUCUCUAAAACGCCCAUGAAGUAGAUAUGUGAUUCAGCAUUCUUUAGAGAUCAGUCCAGAAGGGCAGUGACUUCUGCUAUCUAUGGGUUCAAAAACUCUGAACUAUGGCCAGUAACCACUUUACUAUAGGGAACUCAUUUCAGGUGGACCACUAUCCAUCACAACACGUUUACACUCAUUAAUUUAAACCGCAUUUAUUUUCAGUGAAAAUACAUUGCACAUGCUAAGAGGAACAUGACCUGUGACUGAGUUUUGACGGCAUUCUAAAAGGGUGAUACCAAGUUUCAAUCUGUACAAGUACAUUUAUGCAUGUACAUAUUCUAAAUGUUCAAUAAAUAUGUAUAUCGUCGUGCACCAUCCUCAAAUGAUAUACAAAACUGUGGGUGCUUUGGCUUAAGCUUAUGUGUGGUGUCUAAUCAUGACCAUCAACCAUCUGUAAGUGUUGACCUCUGUGACCUUGUGAAGUCUCGUGUGAUCCAUCUACAUUCCCACGUGUCUGUAGUACUAGUAAAGAACCGUCUAUUUGAGGAAGAUACACCAAGCCACGCCUACGCAAUGCAAAGGCGUGUGCUCAAGUUGGGUCUCCGAAAGGGGCCGUUGUCCACUCAAUCUUCUCUUUCUGUGGUGGCGGCUUGGACAGGAUGUGCCCUACCUACCGCCAUCUGCAGCAGCCAAGGGAACUCAGUUUAUUCUCUAUUUAUAAGUUUCCAAAGGUAUCCUAAAGCAGUGUUUCCCAACCUUUUUUAUCUUGUGUACCCCCAAGCCUUUUCGUUGUGCCAUCAGUACCCCCUAAGUCAAGUUCUAUAUAGAAUUUUCCAUCACAAUGUAACUAAGCUCCAAAUAUUUGUUAAAAUUUAAUUUUUCCAAGUGCCCCCUGCAGUGUGCUCGCGUCCCCCUAGUGGUACACAUACCCCUGGUUGGGAAACACUGUCCUAAAGGGGCGUUCACCUGACUGACGUCACAGGGAUUCAGGAGAAGUACGGGCUUGAUGUAUCUUACUCUAACAGGAGGAUCUUUAUGGCUAUAAAGCUUUGUUGUACUAACCAGUUAGAGGAUGGAAUAUACUGCAUAUUAUGACAUUAACGCUGAAACAAUGAAAUACUGCAUAUUUUGACAUUGAAACACCAACAGUAAGUGGCAGCCAUGCCCUGUUAUGUAGGAAAUUAAAAACUUUUAAUCGUAGACAAAUAACAAAUACAGUGAAUCAUUGAAUGUAUCUUAUCAUUAACAUUUAACACUUGACUGUUACAGAAUAUGACCGUAAUCAUGGAAAUUAUCAUUUCAAAGGGUGGUUGUCACAUUUGUAUUCUUCAUCUGUAAAGGUGGGAAUAACUGAACUGCUUGUGAUCUCUCGGGAAGAAGUUAUUACACUGAAUAUCUGAAGACUUGGACUUGAAAUCACUUAGUGAUUUACACUAUACAUGUAUGAUUGUAUAUGUGCACUACUUCCCACUGUGAGUUAUACACCAAGGCUUUUGAGUGUUUGAAGGCUUUCCUGAACUAUUCUCUACAUUUUUCUUGUUUUGUAUGAUGUAAACAACAUUUACAUGGGAUCACUGUGAUAAUCCACUAUUUACAAUAUGUUCAUUUAUUGAUUGAAAAUGUGAUAAUGCUGAAUGUGAUUACUGAUGCUGACAGACUUAGUGAAGUAAUAUUAUAGUUGAUGAUAAGGGAAGUACAUUGUUUUUUUCCGAUGGUGAAUACUUGCAUGGAAGUCAUUUGCUGGAAACCAUUUCAUAAUAUUGGUCUAUUCACUCGGAAUCCUUGUUUGACAGCUAUACUUAACAUAAUCUUUUACGUUGACCACCUCUUCACAGAAAUAUAAUGUUACUUAUUGAUUAAUGUAUUCUCUUUGAGGAACAUAUUUUAAUAUUUAUGAUAUACUAAAAAAAAAACAAUAAAUAUUACUUAAAUAUUACAUAAAUGUUA